GUGUGUUUUUUUUUUUUUUUUUUUUUUAAACAAACCCUCUUGCUCAAACGAGGAGUCUCUGGAAGUCUUGUGUGUCUCUGUAACUCAAUCAGUCUUUCUCGUUUUCUCCCAGUUUGACUCCACAUUGUUUUGCCGUUACUAUUGUCGCCUGUUGCUUCCUCUUCUCCCGCCCCAAACUUAGCCUAGAGACAGUGUUGGGUGAUGGACUGCUAAACAACUUGUACAUCGCCACAAAGUGAGCAGUGAGCCUACUAAUUAAAGGACUGUCAGACAUGGGGAAGCAGAACAGCAAGCUCCGUCCUGAGGUGAUGCAGGACCUGCUGGAGAGCACUGACUUCACCGAGCAUGAGAUCCAGGAGUGGUACAAAGGCUUCUUGCGGGAUUGCCCCAGUGGAAACCUGUCCAUGGAGGAGUUUAAGAAGAUCUAUGGCAACUUUUUCCCUUAUGGAGAUGCUUCGAAGUUUGCAGAGCAUGUCUUUCGCACAUUUGAUGCGAAUGGUGAUGGGACAAUAGACUUUCGGGAGUUCAUUAUUGCUCUAAGUGUGACGUCACGUGGCAAGCUGGAGCAGAAGCUAAAAUGGGCCUUUAGCAUGUAUGACCUAGAUGGAAAUGGGUACAUCAGUAAAUCGGAAAUGUUGGAGAUUGUACAGGCUAUUUAUAAGAUGGUGUCCUCUGUGAUGAAGAUGCCUGAGGAUGAGUCAACGCCUGAGAAGAGGACAGAGAAGAUUUUCAGGCAAAUGGACACCAACAGAGACGUACUUCUCUGGGUGAUCCAUAAUGCCCUUCACCCUCCACGAUGGAGAAGACUGACUGAUGAUGAAGAAUGUCAAGCACAUGACAGUGAAGACAACAGGCCUUCAGUAUACACUGAAGAUGUCAAAGAUGUGCACAACUCCUGACCCACUAGCAGUUUUUCUAAGGCAAACUCCAACUGCCAGACCUUCUAUCGGUUUUGAAAUCCCAGCUAUUGCCAUCAACAGGCUUAUAGAGAAGUUUCCACUAGGUUGUAUGUUCACUGGUGUUUCUGUAUCAGUGUCCUUGCUUGGCUCUUUGUGCACUGUGUAGAAGGCCCUAAUGUGCAUAGACAUUAAUGAGAACUGGGAUGACGUUCUAAUAAAAAUUACCUAAUGUAAGCAAGAGAAUUUAAUCUGCAGAGCAGAUUUGAGAACAAGUAUUAUGUUUGUUUUCAUCUUUGCUACAUUUGUGUGAGAAUGUAUAUUAAUGUAUAUUGCAAAUUCCCCAAAUUUGUGUUUUAUUUUCAUUUACAGCACUUGCAAGGUCUCACAAAGGUAAGGAUGGUUUGAAUGUUAGUGAGUAUCUCUUGAGGAUUGGUGCAGAAUUUCUGCCCUUUUUUCAAUUGUUUUUUUUUUUAUUAGGUUUUUGAAUUAUUUGUUGGGAUAGAAUACAAAAAAAAAAAAAAAAAAGAGCAAUUUGUAAAUUGCAGAUCCAGCCCAUGAUGAUUUUACUAUCACCUUUGUAUUCAUGCUUCAGCGGGAUUUCCAGCAUUAAAAAAAAAAAAGCUUUGUAUGUGAAGAUGAAAGAGAACACUUUUAAAUUUAGAUGUUUUCAAAUACCGCAUGUCAGUUGGGAUCAGUGCGACUCCUAACACAUACAGUGGGUACGGAAAGUAUUCUCAAGGAACCAUCUCAAGGAUGAUCAGAAGAAAUGGACAGCACCCGAGUUAAAUAUAUGAGUGUCACAGCAAAGGCUCUGAAUACUUAUGGCUGUGUGAUAUUUCAGUUUUUCUUUUUUAAUAAAUCUGCAAAGAUUUCAACAAUUCCGUUUUUUUCUGUCAAUGUGGGGUGCUGUGUGCACAUUAAUGAGGAAAAAGGAUGAACUUAAAUGAUUUUAGCAAAUAGCUGCGAUAUAACAGAGUGAAAAAUUUAAGGGGGUCUGAAUACUUUCCGUACCCACUGUAUGCACGGGGCUUAUGCUUGUAUGUGUUUACGGCUGUUGCGUUAAGCAGCUCUGUGCUUGCUUCUGUUCCCAAGUACUGUAGUGCCAGGAUCAGUACUACCAGUAGUCAGUAUUAUUGAGACCACUACUGGAUUUCUUUUUUUAAAAGUUGGACAAAUGUGACUCCGUGUGGCGCCGCGCCCACUUCACGGCGGAGGAGCCAUUGCAGUUAAGCUUACCUUUGGGUCUUAUAUUGAAGAACUGCUGUGUUUUAUUUUAUACCAUGCAAAGAAAAACAUAAUCACUCCAUAAACUACUGCAAUGACACGCCGAAUGGGUUGCUUUUACUGUAUUUGUGGGAUUUCUUUUUUUUUUUUUUUCCAAUACCGUGUCAGGUAUUAACUCUGAAAAAUGCGAAAAAAAAAAAAAAGCAUCUUGUGGUCAAGUGCCAAAUAAGCAACAAAAGCAGUAUUGUAUAAAUGUAUACUGUACAUUUGUGAUUUGUUCGAUGGAAUGUUUGUAGUUGUUGCAUUUUUGUAAGGUUUGUAUGGUAUCCUGUUUUAAAUGGCUACACUUUGAGAAAUACAAGAUUCAGAUUUUGGUCAGCCUUAAAAGUAAAUAAUUAAAUUUACAAUUUAAUGGA